UUGUGUCAUUAACAACACUGCACAGCAUGCAGGCCUCAUGUUGAGUUCAGGAGACACCUACGAAGCUGGUGUAGCUAAUCAUGACUGACACAAGUAAAGUCGUAUGUUACCAUUAAGUUGAUAUUUAAUAUUUCACAUGUAAAGUUAGUAAGUUACUAAUCAACCUAAAGUCAGAUCUGGAAGGUUUUGUUGGAUGUGUUUUCUACACGUCGUUGUGGCUAAUGAUGACCUUAUCCUGUCCGGUGACACUUCUGUUCAUCACACACCUCCUCAUUCCCUCGCCACCAUUCUUCUCCACCAAUCACAUCCUUGUGUUAGCUUGAGGAUGAGGAGGAUUUGAAGAUGAAGAGGUCUAUUUAUCAGCUCAACAUAUCCUACUCAGACAUUUGAGGUGGAGAUGCUUCGCUCUCAGGUGCAGGUUGUACUUGUGGCCUUGUUUUCCUCUGUGCUGCUGGUGCAGGUCAACGGCGCUCCAAGCAGAGACAUGCUGACACUGAGAGCAGACCUCGUAAACGACAAGGAUCUUGCUCACUUGCUCAUGCUGAAGUUUGUGUCUGAACUGAUGGCAGCAAGAGGAGACGAGAUGCUCCCCGAGCUGGAGCAGGAGGGAGACAGGGAGGAGCUAGUGCGGCGACAUCUCCCCCUCUCCCAAAGAGAGCGCAAGGCAGGCUGCCGCAGCUUCUUCUGGAAGACGUUUACCUCGUGUUAACAUAAGAAGAGAGCUGUUCAAGCUAGAGUACUUUUGUUUGUUUUGUAAAUGUAUUUUUAAAAGAUAAAUGAAUCCAUGUUUGCACACAUUGUUGUAACUGGA